AUGGCGCCUUCUUACGGUCAACCUGGUAAUACGAGAGACUCGCUCGAACUUGCAUCUUUGGCAAGCUCGAGCCAGCUCAAUGAUGAGGGGGCAACGGAGAUAUCGUCGCGACAGAGCAUAUCGUCAUCGCGAAGACUAUCUCUCGAACUUGAUGACCCAUUGAACAGCGCUAACCCCGCGAACCCCGCUGGGAGAAUGCAUCGAUCAUACUCGACAACGUCAGCCUUCGAGUACUCCGGCAAUAUGUUCCCUCUGAGCUCAACCGCAGGUGCUGAAGGCUAUGCUCCCAUUGGGGCCUCAAGCUCCAGGGCGAGACCAGCCGGUGGCUUGGGUGGGGGGUCGUUGGAGAAGAGCAAAAACCUGACAUACCUUAAUGGAUUGUCGCUAAUUGUCGGAUUGAUCAUCGGUUCCGGCAUUUUCUCGUCGCCAGGCGCGGUGAGUAGUAAAGUUGGCUCACCGGGCGCUGCGGUGCUUGUCUGGAUCAUUGCUGGUAUCCUUGCAUGGACAGGCGCCGCAUCAUACGCCGAGCUUGGUGGAGCAAUGCCAUUGAAUGGAGGCGCUCAGGUGUAUUUGGCAAAGACGUUUCACGAGGUUUUCGGCUUCUUGUUCACAUGGGUGGCCAUGUUGGUUCUGAAGCCCGGCAGCGCCGCCAUCAUCUCCAUCAUCAUGGGUGAAUAUUUUGUUCGCGCAUUUAUUGGCGCUGACGCCGAGUACGUAAACCCUUGGAUCAACAAGGCUGUCGCGCUCGUUGGACUUUUGAUCGUAACAUUCUUGAACUGUGUUUCCACAAAGCUUGGAACCCGUGUGAACGACGCACUCAUGUUCAUGAAGUUCAUUGCUUUGAUCGGAAUAACAAUCACUGGCAUUGUGGUUAUGAUAACUGGAAAGACCCUCAAGGGCGAGUCAGAAGUCGACUGGAAACCGUCUGCGAUGUUUGACAACACAUCAACAGACAUGUCCGCUUGGGCUCUGGCGCUUUACGCCGGCCUUUGGGCAUACGACGGCUGGGACAACACAAAUUAUGUUGUUGCUGAGUUUCAAAACCCGGCCCGAGACUUGCCUCGAGUCAUCCACACAGCAAUGCCAUUGGUUAUUCUCUCCUAUGUCCUAGCCAACAUUGCCUACUUUCUUGUUCUGCCUCUCAAGAGCAUGGACGGUGCCAACACUGUUGGCGUCAUGUUUGGCAGUCAUGUUUUUGGCUCUGUCGGUUCCCUUGUUCUCGCGCUCAUCGUCAGUGCCAGCUGUUUUGGUGCUCUCAACUCCUCAACCUUCACCUCCAGCCGUCUCGCCUACGCCGCUGGCAAAGAAGGCUACAUUCCAUCCAUCUUUGGCACCAUCGGUGUUGGAGCCAGUGCCCAUGAACAUGAGCUCAGCACACUGCGCACUCGCAGCUGGUUCACUCGUAAGAUGAGGCAAAUGUUUGGCGACGAGGAUGCGGGACUGUUUUAUACGCCAGUAUACGCUCUCAUUCUUAAUGCUGUUCUCACAACAGGCUACAUAAUUGUCGGAGAGUUCAGCACUCUUGUCACGUUUUAUGGAGUUGCAGGCUACGCUUUUUACUUCUUAACCGUCCUCGGCGUAAUCGUUUUGCGUGUUAAGGAACCCGAACUCCCUCGCCCUUACAAGACUUGGAUCACUACUCCCAUCAUUUUUUGUUGCGUGAGUAUCUUCCUUCUCACCCGCGCCGUAUUCGCGCAGCCCUUCCAGACACUCUCUGUCGUGUUCUUCGUGGUUGCCGGCGUACCGGUCUACUUCUGGCGCAUCAGAGGACGUGAUGAGCAGGUCUUGAGAAGAAGAGGGCAUUCGGACGAGGACAAGAAGUGGUAUCAGUUUUGGAAAUGA